CAUAAAACAACAGAUCAUUUCAGCCUGAAAAGAAGUAUGUUUCCCCGCAAUCCACACAUCCUACAGAUGUUGUUUGCAAUCUCUGAAUCACGGUCUCAGGACCGUCCAACGUACAGAAUCUAUGGAGGACGUGAGAUUAGAGUGUAGAACAAAUUUUCCAACAGCUUUUUCUUUUCUCUUUAUCUUUUUCCUUUUGUUUUUUGUUUUUUAGUUCAGCUUCUUUAUCAGUGAAAUCUGCUGUUUUUGUUUCUCAGAGCACCCACUGCACGUUGCUGUUCGGUCUUGGCAGUGCCUAGUCCCAGACUUCUUCAAAAGCACGAGUCUCUCUCUCUCUCUCUCUCUCUCUCUCUCUCGCUCAGAAACUAUUCUUCAACACCUUGAAACUGUCUAAUCCGGCCUCCUCUGUUUUCUCUCUUUCUUUCUUUCUCUGCAUUCUUUUAAUGUCUUUGGCCUGAAAUUCUGCAAAACUCUCCAUGUAAACUUUCAAUUCUCUGCAUCUUAUUUUAUUUUAUUUUUAUCUUAGUUUUUUGCAACAAACAAUAAUGGAGUUGAAGAUGGGUCACCUAAUCCAAUACCCCCUUCUUUAAAUCACUUAGAUUUUCUCUCAUUACUCAAAGAAGCAGAUGCGGAACCCAAAGCUCCCAACUUUUCAAGGCAUUUGAUGCGUUCUUCGUUUUGUUUCCUCAACCGAAACACUUUUCCGCUUCUAGGUUGUUGUCGCAAUGUCGACCGUAGAAAUGGCCCACCACAUCGAUUUGGAACAAGGGGGUCACCGCCGCGCCGGAAGUGACGGAAGCGCCGACGGUAGCGUCUGCUUCACAGACGCCGACGAGGGCUCGUGCUAUUCCCAGUUCUAUUCCACGAAUGGCGGGUCUUACGACGAGUACAGCUUCGCCUGUGUUUAUGAUCCUGAGAUCGGGAAAGUCUCGGUCUCUCGGAGGGACUCUUUGUCGUCAUCCUCGGAGUGCUCGGUGGAGGUGGAGAAUGAGAGUGGGGUCCCCGAAAUCAAGGUGCAUUUGGCUAAAGCCGAGAGAGACUGUAGGAUUUGUCAUCUUGGGUUGGAGAGUAAUAGCCAUGAAUCCGGUGUUCCCAUAGAGUUGGGUUGUUCUUGUAAGGACGAUUUGGGUGCAGCCCACAAAAACUGUGCUGAGGCCUGGUUCAAGAUUAAGGGAAAUAAAACAUGUGAGAUAUGCCAUUCUACUGCCCGUAAUGUCUUCGGAUCGAUUGAGAUCGAGUCAACAGAGCAUUCAAAUGAUGCCAACGAUGCCACAACAGCAGCUGCAGUCGCACCAGUGCCCAUAGCAGAGACACGAAACUUCUGGCAUGGCCACCGGUUCCUGAAUUUCCUGCUUGCUUGCGUGGUAUUUGCAUUUGUCUUAUCAUGGCUCUUCCAUUUUAAUGUGCCAUCGUAAUAAAAUUCUGCAUAAGUACUGUUAUUCAUGGCUGAGGAAAGGGUUUAGAGGAAAAAGAAAAACAAGUUCUGUCAAAGGGCCCGCUAAAAUUGUUGCUACUGUUAUGGGAAUUGGGAGAGUUUCAAUGUUCAAGCCUCCCAACGUUUAUAAAGAUAAAAUACAACUUGAUCUUCCCCUCCA